GGCUCCGCUCUGGCUCAGGGCCGGGCUGCAGAGCGCUCCGCCCCACCGGCAGCACGCAGCGGAUGCCGGGAUGGGGCUGAUCCCGUCGGUCUGAGCCGAGCCAUGCCGUGCCGAGCCGCCGUCCCGUGCGUCCCAACCCCGAGGGCUUCAGUCCCGGUGCGUCCCAGCGCGGUGUCAGCGUGGCUCGGAGCUGUGGCGGUGCUGCUGUGCACGGUGCUGAGCCCUGGGUGGGCUGAGGCACAGCCCUUUCCUUUCCGAGACCCGACGCUGCCCUGGCACCGCCGCCUGGAGGACCUGCUGGGCCGGCUGACCCCCGCCGAGAUGGUGCUGCAGAUGGCGAGGGGGGGAGCCCUGCGGAACGGCCCCGCACCCCCCAUCCCACGUCUGGGCAUCGCGCCCUACAACUGGAACACCGAGUGCCUGCGGGGCGACGCGGAGGCACCCGGCUGGGCCACAGCUUUCCCCCAAGCGCUGGGGCUGGCCGCUGCCUUCAGCCCUGAGCUCGUGUACCGAGUGGCCAACGCCACGGCCACCGAAGUGCGUGCCAAGCACAACUCCUUCAUCGCUGCCGGCCGCUACGAUGACCACACGGGGCUCAGCUGCUUCAGUCCUGUGCUCAACAUCAUGAGGCACCCGCUGUGGGGCAGGAACCAGGAGACGUACGGGGAGGAUCCGUACCUGGCAGCAGAGCUGGCCACGAGCUUUGUGCAGGGGCUGCAGGGUCAGCACCCCCGCUACAUCAAGGCCAGUGCUGGCUGCAAGCACUUCAGCGUGCACGGUGGCCCUGAGAACAUCCCCGUCUCCAGGCUCAGCUUUGAUGCCAAGGUGCUGGAGCGGGACUGGCGCACCACCUUCCUGCCCCAGUUCCAGGCAUGUGUGCGUGCCGGGUCCUACAGCUUCAUGUGCAGCUACAACAGGAUCAAUGGCGUCCCUGCCUGCGCCAACAAGAAGCUGCUGACGGACAUCCUGCGGGGCGAGUGGGGCUUCGAGGGCUACGUGGUGAGCGACGAGGGGGCUGUGGAGCUCAUCCUGCUGGGGCACCGCUACACACAGACCUUCCUGGAGACGGCCAUUGCGUCGGUGAACGCCGGCCUCAACCUGGAGCUCUCCUAUGGCGUGAGGAACAACGUCUUCAUGCACAUCCCCAAGGCCUUGGCCAUGGGCAACAUCACGCUGGAGACUCUGCGUGAUCGUGUCCGGCCCCUGUUCUACACACGGCUGCGGCUGGGGGAGUUCGACCCCCCGGCCAUGAACCCCUACAACGCCCUGGAGCUGAGCGUGGUGCAGAGCCCUGAGCACCGCAACCUCUCACUGGAGGCAGCCAUCAAGAGCUUCGUGCUGCUGAAGAACCGGCGGGACACGCUGCCGCUCCGGGAGCUGCACGGCAAGCGCCUGGCGGUGGUGGGUCCCUUUGCAGACAACCCCCGUGUGCUGUUUGGGGACUACGCACCGGUGCCAGAGCCACAGUAUAUCUACACGCCACGGAGGGGGCUGCAAACGCUGCCAGCCAACAUCAGCUUUGCUGCGGGCUGCCGGGAGCCACGGUGCCGGGAGUACUCACAAGCUGAGGUGGAGGAUGCGGUGCAGGGAGCUGAUGUGGUGCUGGUGUGCCUGGGGACGGGGAUAGAUGUGGAGAUGGAGGCGAGGGACCGCAAGGACCUGUCUCUGCCCGGACACCAGCUGCAGCUGCUGCAGGAUGCUGUGCGUGCAGCUGCUGGGCACCCCGUCAUCCUGCUGCUGUUCAAUGCGGGGCCUCUGGAUGUGAGCUGGGCACAGGCGCACGACGGUGUGGGGGCCAUCCUGGCCUGCUUCUUUCCUGCCCAGGCCACCGGCCUGGCCAUUGCCAGCAUCCUGCUGGGCGAGCAGGGGGCCAGCCCUGCAGGCAGGCUGCCAGCCACAUGGCCUGCAGGCAUGCACCAGGUGCCCCCAAUGGAGAACUACACCAUGGAGGGUCGGACGUAUCGCUACUACGGGCGGGAGGCCCCUCUCUACCCCUUUGGGUACGGGCUGUCCUACACCACCUUCCACUACCGGGACCUGGUGCUGAGCCCCCCGGUGCUGCCCAUCUGCGCCAACCUCUCCGUGUCGGUGGUGCUGGAGAACAUGGGGCCACGUGACAGUGAGGAGGUGGUGCAGCUCUACCUGCGCUGGGAGCAGCCAUCUGUGCCGGUGCCGCGCUGGCAGCUGGUGGCUUUCCGCCGUGUGGCCGUACCUGCUGGUGGUGCCACCAAGCUGUCCUUUGGUGUGUUGGCUGCCCAGCGUGCCGUCUGGACUCAGCAGUGGCACCUGGAGCCCGGAGACUUCACGCUCUUUGCUGGUGGGCAGCAGCCAGGGCAGCAGAUGCGGGCACCCUCAGAAGUGUUGAGCGCAAAGUUCAGUGUCACUGGAGCUGCCCGGGCACUGCACAGCUGCUAGAGGUGGGGACGGGUGUGAGGAUGAGUCCUGGGGUGUGGGGGGCUGGAGGAAGGAUGAUGCGCAGUGGCUGUGCAGGACAGAGGGAGCACGGUGCUCUGCCUUGCAAUAAAGUGCUCUCUGCUCUCCAG